AUGGGUGACUGGAGCUUUCUGGGGAGACUACUAGAAAAUGCCCAGGAGCACUCCACGGUUAUUGGCAAGGUUUGGCUGACAGUACUGUUUAUCUUCAGGAUACUGGUGCUGGGGGCCGCUGCUGAGGAGGUCUGGGGAGACGAGCAGUCAGACUUUACAUGCAACACUCAGCAACCUGGUUGCGAAAAUGUUUGCUAUGACAAAGCCUUCCCUAUUUCCCACAUCCGCUUCUGGGUACUGCAGAUCAUUUUUGUCUCCACUCCAACCCUCAUCUACUUGGGCCACGUGCUACACAUUGUGCGCAUGGAGGAGAAGAGGAAAGAGAAGGAAGAGGAACUGAAAAAGAAAGGAAACAUCAAGGACAGCAACUACUCGGCAGCAGCAGCAUCUGGCGGUGGUGGUAAUGGAGGAGGGAAUAACAUGAAGGAUCCUCUUAUCAAAAGGGGGAAGGAGAAGCUCCCAAUCCGUGAUGAACGUGGUAGAAUCCGCAUGGGGGGUGCCCUGCUCCGUACCUAUGUCUUCAACAUCAUUUUCAAGACAUUGUUUGAGGUGGGCUUUAUUGUGGGCCAGUACUUCCUGUAUGGCUUUGAGCUGAAGCCAGUCUACCACUGCAGCCGCUCGCCUUGCCCGCACACCGUGGACUGCUUCAUCUCGCGGCCCACUGAGAAGACCAUCUUCAUCAUCUUUAUGUUGGUGGUGGCCUCUGUCUCCCUGCUGCUGAAUAUGCUUGAGAUAUAUCACCUGGGGUGGAAGAAGCUUAAGCAGGGUGUGACAAGCCGAUACAGCCUUGAGAUGCCUGUCACAGCAGUGACACCAGUCAUGGUAGCAGCAGAGUCCAAACCUGUUUCAUUGCCUCCACCAGCACCACCCAUGGUGGUAACGGCUGCUGUACCCCCUCCUGUUCUGCCUGAAACCCGCACUGUCACGCCGCUGCUGGCCCCAGUGACCAUGCCACCGUACUAUGCUGCGGCUACUCCGAGAGCACGGCCCCCCUACAAGACGACAUCCGUAACCAGCUACCCUGUUGCUCCACCAGCUCCUGAGGAGAAGCCCCGUGCUGUGACUCCCACGCCUGUCUCCACUCCCGUCACCAUCCCGACCCCCAUCCCAACGCCCACACCAGCUGUCGUCAACUAUUUCAACAACAACAGCCAUGCUCUGGCAGCAGAGCAAAACUGGGUCAACACGGCAAUGGAGCAGCAGGGGAAGGCACCCUCCAGUUCGGCGGCCUCCUCUACCCCCAGCAGUGUCCGGCAGCUUCCUCCACAGCAGGAGGAACCACUGGAGCAGCUACUCCCACCGCCGGCUGGGCCUCCCGUAUCUGUUGCCAACAGCGGCAGCAGCACCAGCCUGAGCGGGGCAAGCGGCAGCAAAUGGGAUGUGGAGGGGGAUGAGGAGCUGUCAGAGGAACGGCCUGUCUCAGCUGCCUGCACCACUGUGGAGAUGCAUGAGCCACCGCUGCUCGUAGACACACGGCGCCUAAGCAGGGCCAGUAAGUCGAGCAGCAGCAGAGCCAGGUCAGAUGACCUGGCCGUGUAG